AUGAGAAGCACCAAAGCAGAGAACAAAAACAAGUUCAUGAGAAUCAUCACAGUACCCAUCAGAGCUCUGAGCAAAGCCAAGGACUUUUAUGUGAGAAGCAUGACAGAUGUGGCUGAGAGAGUGAGCUAUGGCAACACCAUGGGAGGCCCAGGUGGUCAGUUCUCUUCGAGCCUUCCCAAAAGCUUCAGCUCUAGGUCAACUUCUGGGUCGAGUGAAGCCAGUGGUGAUGAUUUUUCAGAGCUUAUCAGAGCUGCUUCUGCCAGGAGCUAUGGAACAAGGAUUGAUGUGGAUGCAAUAUUGAAAGAGCAGCAGCUGAAGCGAUCUGCUACAACCACCACCAUGGGAUCAAAAGCUGUGCUUCCCAAGUGUAGCAGCGUGGCCAUGGGCAGGAUUGAUGAAGACGGGCCUGCUGAUUUUGAUGAACAUGCUGCUGGUGAUGUCAAGCCCGACUUGUUCUACCCAAGAAGCAGAAGCUAUGCUGUUACAAAGAGAAGUGUUGCUUUCUGA